AUGAUUAAACGACCCAAACCUGGAGAAACCGAGGAGGACAUUCUCCGUAUGCAAGAGGAGUUCUUGGCCCAAAAAGCGAAAAAUCCUCAGCUUCAGCCGGCAGCUCAAAUUGUGAAGAUUGACAAACCUCCCAAACAAUCUUUGUUCGCCAAGGCACGUCAGCAAACACAGAUAAAACCUCAUCCUCAAUCCAAUGAUUCCACUGAUGUCUCUGUUCCUCUAGCCUCGCAAAACACUGCAAAGAUUAUUUUACAGGAAAUCCAUCAAAAAAUUGUUGGUGACAGUGCCGAUACAGAGACAUCCAAGACCAUAACCGAUAUUGUAAUGGGUGAUAUUGUGGAAAAAUCAUUCGAGUCGCCCAAAAUUGUAAAUUAUUCGAAUGAAGUGGAGACGGCAGCCUUUCCCAAAAUUCAAAAAAUAUCAUUGGGGAAUUUUGCUUCUAACUCUGAGAAAAAGGGUAAAAGUAUUUUCGCUCAAGCAGCUUUGGGUAAUAAAAAGGGCGGAAGUUGUGUAAAAUCCGAACCCAUGGAAGUGGAUGAACCUGUUGUCAAGGAAAAACGUAAUGAUUUAAGUAAAUUAUAUGGCCAGGCAAGUGUAAUUGUUGAGGAUUCAAAGACAGCCAAUGAAGUCCAUAAUGAAAAUCUAAAUUUGCUGUGCAAAAUGAAAGAGGAAGAGAUAUUGGCUGAACGGAAGAAAUUGAUGGAGUCAAUAGAUCCUGCAAUUGUGGCUCUACUUGCUAAGAAACGUCAGGAAAAGGCACAACAAUUAAAGUCCACGUAUCCAGCUCAAAAAUCACCUGCAUCGGAUUCAGCAACACAAAAAGUAUCGCCAACAGCUGCAUCACCCCAUGAAAAGCCGAUAGUCGAUGAUACAUUGCCACCCACAAAUCCAGCUGUUGAAAUACUACAACGUUCUGCUGCUGAAGAGUGGAUACAUUUCGAUGUUGUGGAAAAAGAUAAAUUAGAAUGGAUGCGUGAUAUACCGUUGCAAUCGGCCAAACUUAAACCGGGACAAAAAUUUGAAGCACGAUUUGAUUGGAAGGGCGUCUUGCUACCAUAUACCAUGGAUGAAAUAACACAAACUGAUAAAGGAAAUGUUGAAAAAGAUGAUCGGGAAUUAUAUAUGCACGGUGAUGAACCACACAGACCGGGUUAUACUCUACAGGAAUUAUUUAGAUUGGCUAGAUCCAAUGUAAUGCAGCAAAGGGUGACGGCGUUUAGUGCCAUUGCAGGCAUUUUGAGUAUCUAUCAACAAGGCUUCUAUGAUCAAGUUUUAGAUUUGCCAAUAAGCAAAAUAUUUUUCCUACUAAGAUUUGGUUUUGAUGACAAUACACCUGCAAUGCUGGAAAUUGUGGGUAAGGCAUUGGCAUAUCUGUUUUACAAUGAAACGGAUGAGACUCUUUUAGAUUUCUCAUAUGAAAAUCCAGGCUGCCAAUGGCAACCAUGUUUACAAGUUUUGCAGUUGGAAACAAACACCGAAGAUGAUGAAAUGAAAACAAUUGAACAUUUACAAAAACAAAUGCAACAACUGCAAAUGUCAUUCAAAGGCUCGGCGCAUACAGUCAAUGCCAACGUCGAGGAAAAUGAAGAGGAAAGUAAAACAUCUAUGAGCGACUUUCAAUUAGCAGAGACUGAUUUAAUAGAUUGUCUAUUGCGUACAAAUAUUUUACAAAGGAUUUAUUUUAUUUUGAAUGUUGUAAAACCGGAAAAUGGCACCGUAUCAUCGUGUUUGAAAUUGCUUAUACGCCUGGCAAGAUCGGGCAAAGAAGUGGCCUUACAAAUUGUCAAUAAUGAUGAUUUAAUGCAUUGCCUAUUCGAUAACUUUUUACCGGGUUUGGAGAAAGUCGAUACCUGCCUCCAGACACCACCAUUCUACAAUUAUCCCCAAUAUUUAUGCCUGAAACUAAUGAGAAUUUUAAUCUCUUGCAACUUAAGUAUUGCUGUGAAACUGAUCAAAUUUAAAUUAAUUGAUAUUUUGGAAAAUUAUUUAUUCAAUCGUGAAGAUAAAAAGGGUAAUCUUAUAAAAGUUCAAAUUGAGUCACUACGUUGUUUAAGAUGUUUACUACUUUUGCGUAUGGAAAAUAAUACAUUACACAGAAAAUUUGUAACCGCCUUUCGUUACAUGCUCGAUUGGCAUUACAAUCAUGUAACCUACGAAGAGGGCGGACCAUUUUUGAUACGCCAACACGCAGCAGCAUUGAUGACAACCAUCGCCAGUAUUAAUAGUCCAGUUGGUUCCGAAGUGACAGCAUUGCUGGGAGAUAUAUUGCAUGAUUGUUGCUGCAAUUGGUUCCAUAAGGCGAAUCGCUAUGGUGUGAAAGAGUUUUCCCAAGCCACCUUGCUGAGCUCGUGCCUUAAUGCCGUUACAUGGUAUAUACGCAAUACGGAUACGGCACGUUUUCAAAAUUUCAUUAAUAAAUAUUUGUGUGAUUUUAUAAAAUCGGAGAACUUCAUCAAAUUUAUUAAUAUAAUAAGUUCAUCUUCCAUUAUUCUACGCAAAUCGGUAGAUCGACGUAACGUUCACAAUCCCCUACCGAAUGUCGGAUCGGUAAUAAUGAAUUCCUAUGGACCACAAUUGGUCAUAACCCAAACAUAUCCAAUAUAUCUAAUAACCGCAAUAUGGCGUCUAAUGGAAUUACUAAUGGAAAGAGGCGAAAAACAAAUAUUCAAUAUAAUGUUUGAACCAAAACUUUUAGAACCAAUGGUGGAACUAUUGCGUGCGCUAAGCACCAAAUGCAAUACUUAUUUGGCAACAAAUUUCUUUGCAAAAAUGGAAAUAAAACUGCUGUUUAAAUUGUUAUGCUUUGAGGGUUUCAAUGAGUAUUUCAAACCGGCAGAAAUGUUACAAAUUGUCUACAAUUAUCUGUGUUGUUUAACGGCCGAACAUAUACCCGAAGUUGAAGAACUUUUUGAACGAGUUAUAUUUAAUCCCAAAUAUAUCUCUGUGGAGUUGGAAACUUUAACAAAAUGGCGUACAAAAUGUUUGGAAUUGGUCUAUACCCGUUAUAUUGUGGUGCCUCCCAGUGAACUCACCUUGUUUUUGCCAUAUAGUCAGGUGCCAAUACUGCCAACUGAUUGGCCAUAUUUCCAAUUGAAAAUAAUUCUACAACAUUAUGUGGAAAAUGUAAAGAAGGAAACGACAGCAGAUUUUUCAGAACGUGAAAUUCUACAGAUGACCCUCAAUUUCGUUACCCAACUGGAAGAGUGUAAUGAACAUAUACAAAUAGUUUCGCCCACCGAGAAAUUAAUGUAUCUGAUGAUAGCCUUUAUGGGGCCAGAUUCUCAAUUCCUCGACAAGGAAGUCAAUCAAUUGUUACGACAACAUUUAAUGAAAUUCUAUAAGCAAUGUGAAAAUGUGGAAUUUCAAUUCGACACAGAAUAUCAAGGAAAAUGUAAAUUUGAAAAUCUGUAUGUACUGUUUUUGGAUCACUUUCAAGCUGCCAGUUAUGGUGAUGAAUUGUUUAGCUCAUUGGUAAUGGUCCCAUUAGCACAAAAAUAUGAUAAUAAAUGGCGUCGUCGUGUAUGGUCGGAUCAUGUAUCAGCUUUAAGGUUUCUCGAUUGCAAGGAGGAGCUGCUCAUUGGUGGCUUAACAGCCUAUUUGGAACCCUGCGAAGAGGAAGAAUCUUUGCUUAAAGAAUAUAAUACAGCUUUAAAUUUAAAUUUGGUACGUCCAAAUACAUUACCAUACAAAAUUGCAAAACAUCAUUUAGAUAAGUUCAAGGAACGUACAAAUAAAUAAAACUUUUUAUAAAGGAGACAAUAUUUAAUGUAA